CCGAGCCAAUUUACAGUUUAGCAUUGAACUUGGUCGGGAGUUCGCCAAAAAUCAUCGAGAACGCUUCGCGCAGUCGUAGUCGCAGUCGUAGUCGAAUUCGUAUUCGUAGCCAUCCGUUGAUCAGAGUUGCUCCUUCAGCAUGUUGCUGCUCCAGCUGUGCUUUGUUUCCCUGCUAGUGGUCCUGGCCAGUGGUGCCUCCAGUUUUCCUCCCGAUCUGCAACGCUGCCGCACUGGCGACACCAAGUGCAUCAUCAACACCUCCCACCAUGUGGUGCGCCAGUAUGCCAAGACGGGCUAUCCCGCAGCCGGCUUCCCCCAGAUCGAGCCGUUCCUGGUGAAGCGCUUCGAUAUCUCAGACGGUCGCACGGGCUCCCUCAACCUCAAGCUCAACUUUAAAGACGUCAAUGUGGAGGGCCUGUCCGGCGUGAAGUUCGAUAAUGCUGUUGGUUUUGGUGCAGAUCCCGCCACCAGCAAGUUCGAGAUGUACGGCAGCAUACCGAAGAUUGUGCUGCGCGGCAAGUACACCGCUGACGGACGCAUACUGAUCCUGCCCAUCCGCGGCGACGGUGAUGCUGAGAUCACCCUGCAUUCGCCCAAGUUCUCCGUCAAGUUCAAGCCUGGCACGCAGGUGCGCGACGGCCGCACCUAUCUGACCGUGGACAAGCUCAAGGUGCUCGUGGAGCCACAGAGAAUGAACAUCAAGCUGACGAACCUCUUCAACGGGGACCAGGCGCUGGGUGCCAAUCUGAAUCAGUUCCUCAACGAGAACUGGGUCGAGGUCUGGAGCGAGCUGCAUCCUUCCAUUCAUUUGGCCAUUGCGGAGAUCAUGAAGAGCAUUCUCACCAAUCUGUUCAAGCGCUUCGCCUACGAGGAUCUGUACCUGGAGAACUGAUAAGGAACAGCGUGUCUUAGUCAUUAACAUUAACCCUAAGGCAGCAGCAUAAGUGUACGAGUAUUCCCCCCCCAACACCCUCACAGACAUUUUCCUAUCAAGCGUGCAGCCAAU